AAAAAAGGUCCAGUGAUGGGAGAUGAUGUCCUUUAGGGGAGAGUUGUUUUUGGGAAGCAGAAACAACAGCAGAAGUACGGCUCUAAUGUGAGAGUGCGUCCAGGUAACUCCAAGGCUGAUGGUAAUCAAGGCUAAACCGGAACUUUUUGAUUGACAAAAACACCCACGAUGCAGAGAACAAGGUGUUAAGUGCAAGCGAGUCCACAAGAUUGAUCUCUCUGGGAUAUUUCACCAGUUGAGAGAAUAAAGAAAGAAAUCCAGAUGACAGUUAUUGCCCACAGUAGUUGUGUGAAAGGCUGGGGUCAAGUAAGUCUCCUCAGGCUAGGUAUCCGAACGGCAACGACAGGACCGGAGAGUCGAGAUGACGGAUGGGGAGAAUGAGUUGUUCGAAGAGAGAAGGGUUUCAGGUGAGGAGGGGAUAAGGGGGCCGAUCCUAAGUGGGGGCACUCCGUCGCUGAUGAUGACUCUCUUUUUUCUCUUUCCAAGCACUCCUCUGGCGGGAGAUGCCAGGGGUGGACUUGAACUAGGGAAAGGGGAAAAAGGAAAAAAAGGAAAAGAGCAAGAAAAGAGAGGGAGCGAAGGUAGAAAAAAGGACGGACAGGCGCACGGGGAGAUAAGAAGGCGAAAGUGGAGGGUGGGGAGGGAAAAGAAAAGACGGUUGUGGGUUUGUUUGUGCUGGGAUUGGACUGGAUGCAAAAUGGACCAUUUGGGCUGUUGGGCCGGUUUUGGGCUGCUGCUGGCCUUUCUGUCUGGUGCCACGAUUGACUCCACUCUUCCCUUCAGCAGAACAUUCGAAGCGGUUGAAGGACCGGCUUGGACGAAUAGGGCUUGGAAAUCUGAAUGAUUUUCCUGUCCCUCGCCGUGUGCUUAUUCGUUUGUUGGGGGAGAAGAGAAGGGGGGGGAAGGAAAAAUUAAAUUUUAUUCAAAAAUUAAAAAUACAAAAUCCAGAUUAAAAUAGGUUCAAAUGGACGAGUUUCUCUGGAGUAAAGUUUUAUUGCUAUCUUUUUUAUUAAGUAUUAUU